UCCGUUGUUAGUUUAAGUUUAACCAUCGCACCGCUUGAGUCGCGAUUUAGUUGCUCAGCUGCUCCCCUCUUCCUGGAAGGACCCGCCGUCACAAAAUCGUGUGCUGUUUUUGUUUCUCUACCCUGGAAUCUGCAUAAACUCACAAAAUGAAAUUAUUUUUAUGUGCCAUUGCUGUAACGCUUUGUUUGGCAGGGACAACUGUAUCCGCCGCCGGCUUCGAGUGCCCCAAGCCCAAUGGCCAGUUCGCCGAUGAGAUCCAGUGCGACAAGUUCCAUGUGUGCGAGGAUGGUGUGCCCAAGGCGAGAUUGUGCCCAGACGGCUUGGUCUUCGAUCCACUGAACCGCAAGUUCAAUAAAUGCGAUCAGCCCUUCAAUGUAGACUGCGAGGACCGUACAGAAUUGCAGGAGCCCAAGUCCAGCAAGUAUUGUCCGCGUAAGAACGGGUUCUUUGCCCAUCCCGAUCCGGCUGUGUGCAAUAUCUUCUACAACUGCAUCGAGGGCGAUGCCCUGGAGACCAAGUGUACCGUGGGCCUGCACUUCGACGAAUACUCGGGCACCUGUGUGUGGCCCGAUACGGCCAAGCGUGAGGGCUGCAAUCCCGAGCAGAGAAUGUCUGAGACUGGCUUUGAGUGCCCCAAGGAUCAGCCCAAGACCGAUGAUCGCGGUCAGGUUGUGACCCAUCCCAAGUAUCCUCAUCCCACCGAUUGCCAGAAGUUCUACGUGUGCCUGAACGGCGAGGAUCCGCGCGAUCUGGGCUGCCAGCUGGGCGAGGUCUACAACGAUAACACAGAGAUGUGCGACGCACCCGAAAAUGUGCCCGGAUGCGAGGACUGGUACAAGGAUGUCGAUGACAAGAAGGACUAAACCGGCUCUUGUCCAGCGCCGCCCGCCGAUAAAAGCCCAAUGCGCGUCUCCCACUUCCUCUCUCCUCUCCAUCUACACAUACACACUACACACUACACCCUACACCUAAACACCUAUAGUCACACUCAUGCACACUAAAAAAGGAUUCGCGUCGUAGUCACUUAAAGUUAGUAGUUCUAGCCCACUUCCUAUAGAACGUACAUAUGUAUGUGUAGCAGUUAAACUCUAAUCUAUCCUCUGUCUACUCACCAACUGUCCGACUAUCUGACUGUCUGACUGUCUCGGUCUUUCCGUUCUAUCAAUCUAUACUAUAUUCUUCAUUUUCUGUAUCUACCUCCUCGCCUGUCUAUCGCUGUGCCCAACUGACUCUUCUGACCAAAUUGUUGUGUAUAUAUUUCCCCCUCUUUCUGACUUUCAUUUAAUUAUUAUACAAGAAAAUAAACUGAUUUUUGUUUUAUAAACUACACCGGCAACUUCUUCUAUCUAUCUUCUAUGUAUCUUUGCACUUCCUCUAACUAUAUCUGUUCUUUACCAUUCUCUAUUCUAUCUUUCAGCUCUUCUUGCCUUCUUUCCCUUAAAAAUCCUCCUAGGCUAUGCGAUCUAUCUGAUCAUAUCAUAUGACAAUGGACUACUAUUUGUAUCUUCUUCUAACCAUAUUCUAUAAGUUUUUACUUCUCCUAAGGAUAUACUCGCAUUAAGUAACAAUACCUGUACUGUUUCUAUAUCCUAACCAGCUUCUCUAUUCGAUUUCCUUACUCUAAGAUCUACAACUUUAUACGAUAUUUUCUGUUUUUUAACAUCUCCAAUUAAGUUGGAUCUCUACUUUGUAUCUAUGAAAUCUUCUUAACUGUUUUCUUUAACCUUUUCUUGGUCUAUUGAAAAACUAUUUCUUUGAUUAUGCUUACCUAUAGGCAUCUUUCAAUAUCUGAAAACUUGUCCUUCUUAAGAGUUUUUUUUACCAUUUCGAAGACUUGGAACUCUUUUGUGCAGCUAUAAAAUCGUAUCUUUUGGUAUACCUUUUUAAAUACCAUUCUAAAUACUCAUCACCUUUCUUCUUCGCUAUUUUAAGCACUCUCUAUUCAAUAUCUAGAUAAUAUUUAUUUGGUUUCUGACUGUUUCUUUCUUUGACUGGAAAACUAUUCUGGCUAUAAAAAUUUUUGAUGUGUGUUUAUCUAAAGCUUAAGACCCGACUGUUAGUAUUCCAUCUCAUGUAUGGAUGGAAGACACACUUUUACUUCAUUUUUAAAUUAAAACAUGAUUUCAAAACUACAGGAAA